CAUUUUUUGCACCUAUUAAUUAAUAAUAUUAUUUUUUUUCUUCUAAUUUAUUGCUUUGAAUCUAAUAAUGUUAGUAAUAUUUUUCAUGUUUAGAAAUUUGCAACCUCAGUUUCUCUGAUCUUUAUUGAAAAUUUGUUAGGAUGGGUUUCAUAAGCAGUAUAUUGGGAUUUUUCGGAUUUGGAAUGGGGAUCGUUAUUGGACUUGUGAUCGGUUAUUUCAUAUUCAUUUACGUUUUACCAACUGAUGUUAAGCAUCCUGAUAUUCGACCCUUGGCAGAGCAAGAUACUGAAAGUCUGCAACGAUUACUCCCCGAGAUACCACUUUGGGUUAAAAAUCCAGAUUAUGAACGCCUUGAUUGGUUUAAUAAGAUGAUUGAACUUAUGUGGCCUUAUUUAGACAAGGCUAUUUGUAAAACAGCAAAAGGUAUCGUAGAUCCCAUCAUAGCUGAGCAGAUUCCGCAGUACAAAAUUGAGUCUGUAGAUUUUCUGUCAUUUACCUUAGGCACCCUGCCACCUACAUUUCCAGGAAUGAAGGUGUACAUCACCGAGGAGAAAGAGCUGAUAAUGGAACCAGUCAUUAAGUGGGCAGCUAAUCCGAAUAUCACUCUUGCAGUGAAGGCGUUUGGGUUGAAAGCCACUGUUCAGAUGAUUGACUUGCAAAUAUUUGCUUCACCUCGAAUCACCUUGAAGCCACUGGUUCCGACCUUUCCAUGUUUCGCGAAGAUAUAUAUUUCUCUUAUGGAGAAGCCUCAUGUUGAUUUUGGACUAAAACUUCUCGGAGCAGAUGCAAUGUCCAUUCCCGGCCUAUACAGAUUUGUUCAAGAAAUUAUCAAAGAUCAGGUUGCGAGUAUGUAUCUAUGGCCAAAAACACUUGAAGUCCAAAUAUUAGAUCCUACAAAAGCAAUGAAGAGGCCAGUUGGAAUUCUUAACGUGACGGUUGUGAAGGCAAUGAAGCUUAAAAAGACAGAUCUUUUGGGGCUCUCAGACCCUUAUGUUAAACUAAAAAUUGUCAAUGAAAAACCUUCGACAAAGAAAACAACAGUAAAACACAAAAACUUGAACCCCGAAUGGAACGAGGAGUUUAGUUUCGUGGUUAAGGAUCCAGAAACUCAAGUUUUAAAGUUCUCUGUUUACGACUGGGAGCAGGUACACAUAUCGUUCCUGAUCGAUCAAAGUUAUCCUGUAUCGUUGAUCAUAUCUUUAACACGGAGAAAUUUGUGUGUUUUGUUUUUGUAUCAGGUGGGAUCACAUGAAAAAAUGGGAGUGAACAUUGUCCCAUUGAAAGAUCUUAUUCCAGAUGAACCAAAAGAAUUGACACUAGAACUUCUAAAAAACUUAAAACCAGACGAUGUUCAAAACGAAAAGGCAAGAGGACAGCUUGUUCUUGAAGUGAUGUACAAGGCUUUCAACGACGAGGAGCUUGCAAAUGGCGCUGAUGAAUCAAACACGGUAGAGAAGGCUCCUGAUGGAACACCUGAUGGGGGAGGAAUGCUUGUAGUUAUUGUACAUGAAGGUCAAGAUCUCGAAGGGAAGCACCACACGAAUCCAUCCGUUCGUAUGCUCUUCAGAGGAGAAGAGAAAAGAACUAAGGUAGUAAAGAAAAAUAGAGAUCCAAGGUGGGAAGAAGAGUUUCAGUUUGUGCUUGAGGAGCCACCAGUAAAUGAUAGGAUUCAUGUAGAAGUUGUUAGUACUUCUAAAAGAAUGGGUCUAAGACAUCCCAAGGAAACUUUGGGUUAUGUGGAUGUAUACCUUGCUGAUGUUAUUAAUAACAAGAGAAUUAAUGAGAGAUAUCAUCUCAUUGACUCAAAAAAUGGUAGACUUCAAAUUGAGUUACAAUGGAGAACUGCUUCUUGAGGAUAUAUUGCCAAACAAUACAUCCUUAGUUUUUUUGUAAAUGAUGAUUUUAAGAAGAAAAUUCACUAAUAAAAAUUUUGUUUUAUUUGUAGAUUUUUCUUGUAUACAGUCAUAGAUUUUAAGUGUUCUAGCUUAAUUCUUCAGAAAAGCAAAAUAUUACUUGCAUUA